UUUGGUCCGUAGGCCGAUGAAUUUUCUUUGCUAAUGGUACUCUUACUGCACAAAACCCCCGUUUGCAUCGUUCUCCCGAGUCACCCAUCGUUACCUCACUCUCUGUUGCACGACUCAAGAUUGUCCAGAGUAAGCGUGAUUACUCCCCUCAAGUGCCUCCAGAUGAAUGGCCGGGGAGUGGACUCCGAAGGCCGUGAAUUCAAGAACGCGGAGGAGAUGUGGCGGGAAGAGGUGGGGGACGGCGACCCCCUCAAGAAAUCCCAGUGGUACACCCAGGGAGUUGGCUAUUGGCAGGGUGUGGAGGCAACGGUGGACGGAGUGCUAGGAGGGUAUGGGCAUGUUAAUGAACCUGAUAUAAAGGAUAGUGAGGCAUUCUUGAAUUCCGUUUUGGCUGAAAGAUUUCCCGAUGCUGGCAGAGGAAGGCGUCUUGUUGCUCUAGAUUGUGGCUCAGGCAUAGGGAGAAUCACCAAGAACCUUCUUAUUAGAUAUUUUAAUGAGGUUGACCUUCUCGAGCCUGUUUCGCAUUUUCUAGAUACUGCUCGCAGAAAUUUGGCCCCAGAGAAUUUGAUGGUCACGGAGGAGUACAAGGCUGUCAACUUUUUUUGUGUUCCACUUCAGGAAUUCACUCCCGAGGCAGAAAGGUAUGAUAUUAUAUGGGUUCAGUGGUGCAUUGGGCAUCUUUCAGAUGAUGACUUUGUGUCGUUCUUCAAGAGAGCAAAGGCUGGUCUAAAACCUGGUGGGCUUUUUGUUCUGAAGGAGAAUAUUGCAAGAAGUGGUUUUGUGUUGGAUAACCAAGACAAGAGCAUCACGAGAUCGGACUUGUACUUCAAGCAGUUAUUCAAUCAAUGUGGACUGCAUAUUUACAAAAUGAAGGAUCAAAAUGGAUUCCCUGAUGAAUUGUUUGCCGUAAAGAUGUACGCCUUGACGACUGAGUUGCCAAAGAGAGUUAACAGUUCCAGAUCCAAGAAGCAUGUUAACAGACCUGCCAUCAUCAAAUGAAGACAUCCUUUUUUCCUCAAUUAAUUUAGUACCAAACAACAUUUGUAUGUUUUGUUCACUAGUGCUGUACUGUUUGUGUGCAUUCUUGAUCUUGGCGUUCAAAUAUUUCACAUGAGUUUAAUUGUCUAAAUUAAUUAUUUGAUAAUCUUUUCGGAUGAAAUUUGGAGUGAAA